AUGCCACCCAAUACCACAAGCGCCGAUGCUGCCGCCGCCGCCGGCGCCACUUCUUCGAUGCCCAACCCUCAAAACCCGACCUCGACAGCGUGGCACCUUGCCCACGCCCACCACGCGUCGCACAUGCCGCACAUUCACAUCCCGACGCCUCACCCCGUGGCGGCGACGGCGCAGUUCCUCGACAAGCACGUGCCCGUGUUCGCGAAGCACCACACGGAAUUCAGCGUCAACAAGGCCGCGAGGGCCGCGAAGCGCGAGGCCCGCCACAGUCUCGUCGACAGUCCGAUCCCCGAGUACGAGUCCGACCACGACCAGCAGCAGCACAGGGUCAGCACGGCCUUGAGGACCGCCGCCGUCACGACCUUCGCCCCGGCCCUGGCCGACGGCGAGGGCCUUGUCGGCAGCGGACAGGUGGACGCCAACGAGGCGUGGAUGGCCGUGUUGGCCAAGAGGGAGGCUGCGAGGUUGAGGUCGGGCGUUGUCGGCGGAAGUGAUGGGGGCAGCAGCGGCAGCAGCAGCGACUUUGGAGCUCGUCGUUAUCCUGCUGCUGCUGCGCCACAGGACGAGCAGAGCGACGACGGGAUAAGUGGAAGUUGA